AUGAAUUCCUUUCUGCUGAACAGGGCCCACGGGUCCAUAGAAACUCGGCAGUUCUACAUAGCACAGACUUCUCGUCUGAUACAGUCCCUUGAGCCAUCACCAGGAAUCCAGUUUAGAAGCAUCAAAGGUGCUCACGAAAACGAGCAUUCUACAUCGCAAACACACGAUGAGAUUUUGGCCCACAAAGCGGGUGUAAAUGUCCUUGCAAUUGACAGGCAUUAUGGACGAUAUCUGGUGUCAGGUGGCGCUGAUCCUUCCAUUCGUUUGUGGGAUCUUGACGACAGGGGCUCAGAGCUUCAGUAUAUUUACGAUACCAAGGCUUCACUGAAUAGAACCCGACAUGCGCUUGCUCACACCCAUUCGCUGACAUCAAUAUCCAUUUACCCAUUUGAUCCGACGCCAUCCACUAUUCUCACAACAUCUCGCGAUAACACAUUGAAGUUAUCAGCCAUCGGAAAUGCUGAAAUUACUCCCGCGCACACCUUCGAUCUUCAUGCAACACCGUAUUGCCAUUCGCUUUCGUCGCAUUCAGCUUCAACACUUUUAAUUGCAGCCGGAACGUCCGAAAGGACCAUCCGUCUUCUCGACUUGCGGAGCGGAUUGGCAACGCAUACACUUCUCGGUCAUGACUCGGCUGUAUUGUCUUUGGACUGGGCUCCUCACCGGCCGUAUAUUCUUGCAUCGGCGUCAACAGAUAACCGAGCUAUUAUAUUCGAUAUUCGCAAAGCAGGUACAAGCUCCGCCAUUGGGUCCUUAGAUAUGGAUAAUACAGCGGGAGUGUCUGCACAUAGCGAGACUUCGGGCUCUGUCGCAAAACAUCACGCUUUCACUCGUCAUGGGCGUGCCCAUAAUGGCGCCUUGACCGGAAUCAGAUGGACCUCAAACGGUAAUCAUUUGAUUACUGCUGGCCAAGAUUCACGUCUUCGGGUGUGGGAUGCAACAACGGGUGCUAAUACACUUGUACAUUUCGGUCCUCGACUUCGAAAUAGCGCGUCCACACAUCUUGCUGAAAGAGUCCCGCUCAUAUUGCCGAGUAGUCUCAUUGAGGCCGGACAUGAGAUUCUACUAUGGCCGAACUUCAACGAUCAAGAGGACCGUGGUGAAAUCUUAAUGUUUGAGAUACGAGACGGGACAUUCAUUAAGACACUGAAAGUUCCGGGACUCAUGUCAGCUACUCGCCAACAACGUAUAGGCAAAUCAAGUGCGUUGAGCGCUGGAAGGAUCAAUGACUUAGCUUGGCGAGGCAAUGGAGGAUCUGGAGAAGGUUUGGAAUUGUUUUCGGCUCAUGGCGAUGGUACUAUCAGAACGUGGGUGUCUCGUGUACCCGAGGACGAACCAGACAUUGCAGGCAACGCCGAAUUAGACACGAGGAAACGCAAACGAGAUAUUCUCGAGGAAAUUUACGAAGGCCUCACCGGCCCUUCUGUGACUUUUACGUGA